ACGUCAAAAUGUCAUAGCUUAAAAUGGUUGGAAUUCAUGUUGAGUUGACGUCUGUAGAAGUCUCACUUCACGAACCAUACUUGGUCAAGGAAUGCCCCGAGAAUUCUUCCACCGUAGCAGUAUUGCUGUAUAAAAGCACCGCCCGAUCGUCCAGGCGUAGAAGCUCCGGCACACCUCAGCGGCACUGCGAAACACAGUUGAAUUGAAUGAAGCGAACAAUCUUGCCUAACACCGUCCUCCAACUAAAACGAGCAGAGUUUUGUUAAGGAACAACCGAGCGCCUCUAUCGAAACCUAUGUUGAAAAGCUGAUGCCAAGUUCUGGGAGCAACCCUGCCUAAAAAAAAAGAUGUCCAGGAUGACGUUAAUGGUGAGUGGAAGACUCGCCGGGAUGUUGCUUUUGGUUCUGUUGUGGUCCUCUAGUGGACAUUGUGUCGCCCUGGAGGAACAAACAGGUACAUCAAGUUGCUGCGAUGCUUACUUCCAAGGCCCAGCAGGAACACCAGGUGUUCCUGGAAUACCAGGCAAUCCAGGGGUUCAAGGAUCUAUUGGUGUCAAAGGUGAGCCUGGGUUUGGCCUCCCUGGACCCAAGGGAGAAACCGGCGACCAGGGACGGCAGGGAGAUCAAGGCAAGCCCGGAGAGGUCGGACCUCCGGGAAAGAUGGGACCUGCUGGUCGCACGGGAGACAAGGGUGAGGGGCAGAAAGGUGACCAGGGGGAGCCAGGGCUCGAAGGACCGCAAGGUCCGCCUGGUGAAAGGGGGCAAAAGGGCCAGCCAGGAGAAGCUACCCUCGUGACACCAACACCGCCCUCUGUGUUUGCAUUCAGCGCUUACCGCACGACAGGUCUCACAGGUAGUGAAGGCGAUGUCAUCAUCUUUGACAAUAUCAUGACGAAUGUCGGCGACGGGUACGAUUCGCAAUCGGGCGUAUUUACGUGCUCCGUGCCAGGUGUGUACUCCUUCACCAUAAGCGUAAAUAAUAAUGCAAAUCGAGCUUAUGUGCGGCUGGUAAAGAACGUGGAAUUGAUCUUUUCGCUCUAUAAUUCCCAAACUGGAGCUUUCCAUCAGUCAAGCAAUUCAGCAGCUGUUUCUUUGGCAACGGGAGAUAGGGUCUGGCUUCAGUUUGGCGAUGACAGUAACAGGGGAAUUUACAGCAAUAACAACAGGUAUUGUUAUUUUACCGGCUUUCUGAUCCAUGCAAUGUAACUGUGUAGCAUCCCUAUGCGAGUGUUUGCUGAAACUGAAACUAAAACAGCUAGGCUUUGUACCACUGGAAAGGAAUUGUUGCAGAGGACAUAUCAGAAUACGAGAGGUCCGAUGUACACCAAAUAAGACUUUUCACCUCGUUACAUAGCGUUGCCUAACUUCUUUGACGAACAUUGUACUCAUGAAUGCUUGAUGAAGCAAACUGAAAACUUUGGUUUUGUCCCACCUGAGAGGUGGCUAUCACCUUCACAGGCCUGUUCACACCCAUACCCCGAAACUAAUUACACUGCAAAAACUGCAGUGUUAAAUUUACGACGUUGGUAUCUAUAUAGGACCAUCUGGUGUUAAAUUUUACUG